UAUUCGUGUAACUAUUACAUGGUAAGUGCUUCGUGAAAAUGUGUUGUGCUAACACCACCAAUCACAAGAGCCAUCUGGAACGCGUGGGCAUAAUCGGAACAGUGCUUUGCAGAACAGGGCAAGAUAUGGCGUCCAUCGUCAUUCAAGAUGGACACAACACAGCACAGCCUCAAAACUCAACAACAUAAAAUCCUAUUUCGUAAAAGGGAAAGUUCAGGUCUAAUUGUUUGAGUUUGGAACAUUCUACGAACAUUCUAAAAGCGGGUGAACAAGACGAGGAUUAAACCUAAGAAGCAGAAUUACGUUUGGUAUCCGCUUGCGCAUAGCAUUCCAACGGCGUCCGUUCAAACAACACAGACAAUAUAGUCUCAACAUGCGCUGUCCGUCCGUCCUACUACUAAGGUGCGCAGCAGCAGUCUUAGCUGCCGCGGACUCAAGCGGCGCUACCACCCUCGGCCAGCUCGCGCUGCAGAAGGUCUUGCAGGAUAGCCGAGAGGUCUUCGGCGUAGAAAGCGAUAAUUCGUCCCGGCCGUACGCGAAUUGGAUGUCCAGCGUCCCCGACGCUACGCCCCUCGCGCAUCUAAAUAUCCCCGGCACCCACGACGCCGCAACUUGGAACUACAGCCAGACGACGCAGGACGCGCUCGCAUACGCCACGCGCUGCGACGGCGGAGCCGGCCCCGCUCCGGCUCAGGUCUACCGGACUCAGCGGCUUGGAGCGGCUGCCGCUUUGGAUGCCGGGGUACGGUUUUUCGAUCUGAGAUUUGCGUUUGACCCUCUAGACCGGGAUCUUGUCUUCUGGCACGGGGAGGCGCUGCUCUCGGCGCGUGCGACGGUGGAUGAUGUGCUGUUUGCGUUCUAUGCGUGGUUGGACGCGCAUCCGAGCGAGGCUGUGCUGUUGAGUUUUCAGUAUGAGGGGGGGACUAAGGACGGGGCGGAGUUUGACGAUGCUGUGAAGGAUCGGUUGAGGAGCGUGCUGGAGUCGGAUGCCGCGAAGAGGUAUAUUCGGCAGGAUAGUGGAAGACUGGGGACGGUGGGGGAGAGUCGCGGGAAGAUUGUGCUGGUGAGACGGUUUGAUAUGGGUGGUGCAGAGGACGAGACGUUGCCGGGACUGCACUUGGGUCCGGGCCAGUGGCCGGAUAAUGAUCCUAAGGGGUUUGAGUUGGUGUAUAAUAAGACGAGCAAUGAGACGGCGUAUGUGGAGGAUUACUACGAGCCUUCGGACUUGGGGGCUAAUUCAACGGUGGCGGAGAAUAUUCAGGCGAAGAUGGGUGCGGUGAAGGCGCAUCUGGAGAAAGCUGCUGCUGCUACUGGGGAUGGUGCGGAUAGCUUGUUUAUCACGUUUGCGUCGGGCGAGAACGAUGUUAAUGUCCCGCAUGUAUUCCCGCAGACGAUGGCGCUGGGGAAUGGGACGGAGGUGACGCCGGAUGGAGGUGUGAAUCAUCAGUUGGUCAAGCUGUUAGAGGAGAUGCGUGGAAGUAGGCUGGGUGUUGUGGUUUUAGAUUUCUUUGACGAGCCGGAUGAGUUGGUUGGGCUCGUGUUGGGUUCUUAGAUGGACAUAAUGAGCUGGGAACCUGACGGUAUCUCUAGUUGAACGUUGCUUGAUUUGAGUUUUAUAUUAAGAGUUGGCUCUCUGUUUAGUAGUUGAGGAAGCUGUCAACUAUGGGAUGUUAUACUAUAGGCUUUUAAUUACAUACCUAGACAGAAUAGGCAGCAUAGGAAAUAAUGUUAAUAGGCCACG